AUGAUACAUCCAAAGGUAGCCAAAGGUCCAUCCAAAACAGGGAGAAAAGCCACAGCCAAGGAUAGAAACAGUUCAAUCCGAUUGCUCCUUCAACUGUCUCUUUUAACUGCCAACAGUUUUCCACAUCAAGCCUUCCCCGAUUGGUGGGUGUUUGAUCCAAUAACAAUUGAAGUCAAGAAAGCUGCAACAGUGGUGUUAAUGCUUAAUUCUCCAGAAGAGGAAAUUUUGGCUAAAGCAUGUGAAGCCAUUUAUAGAUUUGCUCUAAAAGGUGAAGAAAAUAAAGCAACCCUCCUUGAACUGGGGGCUGUUGAACCCUUAACUAAACUGCUUACUCAUGAUGACAAAAUUGUUCGAAGAAAUACUACCAUGAUAUUCGGAAUUCUGGCUUCUAACAGUGAUGUUAAAAAAUUGCUGAGGGAAUUAGACAUCAUGAAUUCUAUCAUUGCUCAGCUUGCUCCAGAAGAAGAAAUUGUUAUCCAUGAGUUUGCUAGUCUUUGCCUAGCGAACAUGUCUGUCGAGUUUAUGGGCAAAGUGCAAAUAUUUGAGUGCGGUGGAUUGGAGCCACUUAUCAGACUGCUGAGCAGUCCAGACCCGGAUGUGAAGAAGAAUUCCAUUGAAUGCAUUUACAACCUGGUACAGGAUUUUCAAUGUCGAGCUGCACUUCAAGAGCUAAAUGCAAUCCCACCUCUAUUAGAACUCUUGAAGUCAGAAUAUCCAGUUAUUCAGUUGUUGGCUCUCAAAACUUUAGGUCUUCUUACAUAUGAUAAGGAGACACGAACAAUGCUAAGAGAUAAUCAAGGAGUGGAGCAACUUAACAAGAUCCUAGAAACCAAGGAAUGGAAUGACCUUCAUAUAGAAGCCCUUGCAGUGGUGGCCAAUUGCCUUGAAGAUACGGAAACUAUGUGGCUGAUUCAUCAAUCAGGUGGUCUUAAGAAACUACUAACAUUUGCAGAAAACUCUACAAUUCCUGAAAUUCAGAAGAAUGCAGCCAAAGCAAUCACUAAAGCAGCGUAUGAUGCUGAAAACAGAAAAUUUUUCCAUGAACAAGAGGUCGAAAAAUGUCUCAUAACCCUUUUGGGUUCUGAGAAUGAUGGAACUAAAAUUGCCGCUUCCCAAGCUAUUUCAGUGAUGUGUGAAAAUACGAGUAGCAAAGAAUAUUUCAACACUCAGGGGAUCCCUCAGUUAAUUCAGCUGCUUAAAAGUGAGAACGAAGAAGUGAGGGAAGCAGCUGCUCUUGCAUUGGCUAAUCUGACCACUAACAACCCAGCUAAUGUCAAUGCUGCGGCCGAGGCGGAUGGCAUCGACCCCUUAAUAACCAUCCUGUGGAGCAAACGAGACGGGGCGGUGGCCAACACCGCCACGGUGCUGACCAACAUGGCCAUGCAGGAGCCACUGCGCUCCACCAUCCAGAGCCGUGGCGUCAUGCUGGCGCUGCUGCAGCCGCUGCGCUCAGCCAACACCGUGGUGCAGAGCAAGGCCGCGCUCACCGUGGCCGCAACCGCCUGCGACGUGGAGGCCCGAAACGAGCUGAAAAACUCCGGGGGGCUGGAGCCCCUUGUGGAGCUCCUGCGCUCCAAGAAUGAUGAAGUGCGGAGGAACGUCAGCUGGGCCAUUGCAGUGUGUGCUAGCGAUGAGCCCAUGAGCAUGGAACUGUGCAGAUUAGGGGCUUUGGAGAUACUUGAAGAAAUCAAUCAAUCAGUCAGUCGAAAAAAUAAAUUCAGUGAAUUAGCCUAUAACAAAUUGCUUAACUACAACCUAUCCCUGAAAUAUAGCCAGCUCUGCUAUUUGUCAUCAAGUAACAUAAUAACAGAUGGAUUCUAUGACUAUGGUCGGAUAAACCCUGGAACCAAACUUCCAUCGUUGAAGGAACUCUCAUCACAAGAGCUAAAUGAUCUACGUCCUAUACUCUUAAUUAACAGUAAAUGUUCUGAUGUUUCUUCACCUCAACCUACAGAAGAAAAAACACCAGAUAGUGCUUAUGGUCGAAGUGCCUCUACUGCAUCUUCAUUAAGGAAAGGAAGUAAAGAAAAGAUCACUAUUGGGUUUGUGUCUCCCACAGAAGAGAAAUCAGAACCCACCUCUGGGAGAAAUACUUCUGUUAGCAAAAGUGGUCCUAAAGAUAAGACACCAAGGAAAGGCAGAGGAAAAAAAGAAGAGGAAAAAGUGAAGGAGGAAGAGGAAGUCUCAACACCAAAGUUAACUGAAGGAACAUCUGAGCGAGAAUGGCAUCUGCCUCCUGACCCCGAGUUCUGUAAUUAUGUAAAUGAAGUGACAAAAUCCAUACUCCCCAUCAAUAAUAUUAAAGAACAGAUUGUGACUCUUGCUAAGUAUGUGGCAGAAAAAAUGGGUGGUAAAAUUCUAAAAGAGAAACUACAAGAUUUCAGUUGGGAACUGCAUAUUAGUGAACUAAAAUAUCAACUUAAAUCCAACAUAGUGCCAAUUGGACUGGUCAAGAAAGGAUUCUUCUACCAUCGAGCCUUGCUUUUCAAGGCUCUGGCGGAUAGAAUUGCCGUGGGCUGCUCUCUGGUUCGUGGGGAGUACGGCCGAGCUUGGAAUGAAGUUAAGUUGAUAAAUGAAUCAAGUAAGGGAUUGACGGGGGUUUUACUGCCCCCUCAAGAAUACAUAGUCGAUCUCAUGUUCUCUCCGGGAACACUGUUGAAGCUAAGAAGCAAAGAGGCAGAUCUUUACAGAUAUCUCUAAAUUUCCACAUAAAUACAGACAGCUGCAAACAAGCCACCCAGGCAUA